AUGUGGGAGGAGGAGAGCACUGGCAAAGCAGGUAUAAAGAGGCACUCCUUUACACCGUUACACUCAGACAUGGCCAGGACCAUCAUCCUUCUCCUCAGCCUCGUCAGCGGACACGUAACCAUGGUGACAGCCCUGGAGAAAAGCUGCCACAGGAUGAUACACCUCGAGCUGAUCCGGGAACUGGGGAACCGGACAAAACAGCUGCUGCAGAUAUUACCGAUGGAAGAGAGGUCUCACAAACGAGCAAGACUCCUUCCCAAGUUCUGCACCAAAUGUCGCGAGAGAAAACGUGAUGGCGCUCUGAAGGCAGUGAGAGAGUUCACAUUCCUCCUGAGGUGGACCGGAGAGCUUCUGCACCAGCGGGUCCUGUAG